CGGAGAGGCCGGGGAGACGCUCCGAAAACGCCGCUGUAAAUAAACACAACAAUCACUGAGGGCCAGAGAAAACAUGGAGAACCAGUGCACGGUGCAGGUGAAGCUGGAGUUGGGCCACCGAGCCCAGCUGAGGAAGAAGGUGACGUCGGAGGGCUUCACCCACGACUGGAUGGUGUUCGUCCGGGGGCCGGAGACGGGAGACAUCCAGCACUUUGUGGAGAAGGUCGUGUUCCGCCUCCACGAGAGCUUCCCCAAGCCCAAGAGAGUGUGCAAAGAGCCUCCAUACAAGGUGGAGGAGUCGGGCUACGCUGGCUUCCUCAUGCCCAUCGAGGUCUACUUCAAGAACAAGGAGGAGCCAAAAAAAGUGUGUUUCAACUACGACUUGUUCCUCAACCUGGAGGGCAACCCGCCAGUCAACCACCUGCGCUGUGAGAAGCUCACCUUCAACAACCCCACCAAAGAAUUCAGGAGGAAGCUGAUCAAAGCCGGAGGGGUAUUGGUCGUUCCGGAGGGGGCCGAAGCCGCCGUGUCGAGGCCGAGUCCGGACUACCCGAUGCUGCCCACCAUCCCCCUCUCGGCCUUCUCGGACCCCAAGAAGACCAAGACCUCUCACGUGUCAAAGGAGCCCAGCAAAGAGGGGAGCGGCGGCAGCAGCAAAGGACCCAAACCACACAAGCUGACCAAGGAGCACCGCGAGCGGCCCCGCAAAGACUCCGAGAGCAAAGCCACGUCGAAGGGCGACAACAGCGACCGGGACGGCGGCGGCAGCAAGAGCGCCCGCGACCCUUCCUCCUCCUCCUCCUCCUCCUCCUCCUCGAAAAAGCCGUCUGAGAUCAAAGUGAAGGAUGAAGUGAAGGUCCUGCCCAAGGCCGCCUUCAAGGAGCCGAAGCUCACCCUGAAGGAGUCGAAGAUGGAGGGCAUGUCCCCGAAAGGAGGGGGGGCUGGGAGUGGAGGGGGAGGAGGAGGCGGGGUCGCUGGUGGGGGGGGGGGAGGAGGACCUGGUCCAGGACCUGGACCUGGACCUGCAGAAUCUAAAGUCCCGGGGAAGCGACCCUCCACCGUGGAGUCUCCCAAGCCGAGCGCCAAGAAGCAGAAGAAGGGCAGCUCGGAGGGGCCCAAGGGGCCGGGCGGCGCCGCCGUCACGGGGACGUCUCCUCGCGUCUCCUCCUCGUCGUCCGCCGCCGGCCAACCGUACGCCGAGAAGAAACCGCCCAAGGACAAAGGUCGCUGGGCGAAAGGCAAGAACGACACGCAGGAGCCGAAGGAGCCCAAGAAACUUCCAGAGUCCGAAGAGUCAAACUCAGAGGACGACGCGUCGUCCAAGUCAGAGCAGUCGGCCCCUUCCAGUCCUUCCAACUCCAGCUCCAGCUCCGACUCCAGUUCAGAUUCGGACUUCGAGCCGGGUCAGAAACAAGGCCAAGGCCCCCUCCGGUCUAUGGUGGAGGAGAUCCAGUCGGAGGAGUCGGACGAUGACGACAGCAGCUCGGAGGAGGAGACGCCCGUCAAGACCAACCCCCCCAACCGCGACUCAAGACUCAGCCUGGACAGCGAGAGCGACAGCAGCGACGGCUCGCACAGCCUCAGUCGAGACCCGGCGCCGCCGCUGCAGAAACACAGCGCCAACAACAAAGUUUCGGGCAGAAAGAGUCCAGAUUCCUCUUUCCGCUCUGAGAAGGUGUUGAAGAAGGGAUACGACAAGGUAGGAAGGGCCUACACAGAAGAACUGGUGGACCUCCAUCGCAGACUGAUGGCUUUAAGGGAGCGGAACGUCCUGCAGCAGAUCGUGAACCUGAUCGAGGAGACGGGCCACUUCAACGUCACCAACACGACCUUUGACUUUGACCUCUUUUCACUGGACGAGUCCACCGUCCGCAAACUACAGAGCUACCUGGAGGCCACGGCCACGUGACAGGAAGCGGCCGCCGGCGUGGGGAACCCGGCCUGUGGCUGGCGGCGGCGGCGGCGGAGGUAGACUCGCCACCAUGUGCCCCCCCCCUUUUUUUUAAAGUAGGGGACGAGACGCCACAUGGCGCCGCCGCCACGGGCGGAACCACAUGAACAAGUUACCAGACAAAGAAUCACACACACACACACACACGGAGACGCACCUCCUUCACGUGACAUGGGGAGGGGGGGAGGGGGGAGAGGAGGAGGAGGAGAGGAGGAGGAGGAAGAGGAAGAACUGCUGUCAGGAUUUUCACUACAAAUGUCUUUUGCUUUUUUUAACGUCUGUGCAGAGCUGUGGUAUG